AUGGGGUGUCUAAGUUCUAACACAACAUGUCAAGCUUUUGAGAAUGAAGAUGUUCAACAAAAGUGGUUCACACCAGAGUUUCUAAAUGAAAUCAAAUGUUCCAGACUAUCCAACCAUAAGUUGACUUUGAAGCCAGGAGUCACUAUAAUGCUACUGCAAAACAUAGACCAGACUUCAGGUUUAUACAACGGGACAAGGAUAGUUAACGAACUUGACAACAACAUAAUUGGAGGGACGGUAGUGACCGAUAGAAAUAUUCGCGACAAAGUGUACAUUUCAAGAAUGAACUUGGUACCUUCAGAUUCAAGAUUUCCAUUUAAGUUCAAAUGGAGACAAUUUCCAUUAACAGUGUCCUUUGCAAUGACCAUCAACAAGAGUAAGGAUCAAUCAUUAUUGCAUAUAGGACUUUACUUGACAAAAUCAGUGUUCAUCUUUGGACAACUUUACAUUGCUUGGUUAAGAGUUAAGGGUCACAGUAGACUCAAGGUUCUAAUUCUAGACGAAGACGGCAAUCCAAAGUCAUCAACAACAAAUGUCGUGUUCAAAGAAGUUCUUAAUAAUAUUUAG